AUGUCUAACCCAGUCGAAAUUGAAUCAGUCACGCAGUGGAACGAGACUCUCCGUUCCGCAACAGCAGCAGGGCAAACAGUCUUUGUUGACUUCCACGCAGUAUGGUGUGGGCCUUGCAAGCAAAUCUCACCAUUUUUCGCUCAGUUCGUACAGAAGAACCCACAAGCGAUAUUCGUGCGCGUCGACGUCGAUGCGCAGAAAGCAAUCGCUUCAAAAUACCGGAUAUCCGCUAUGCCCACCUUCAUCGCGAUCAGGGCAGGUAAACCGGUCGACUUCUUACAAGGUGCCGAUCCACGGAGUCUUGCGGCCAUGAUUGCUCGACAUGCAACUCGAAUCGCACCUCUAUCGGAGGAAGCAGAGGCAGCAAAAGAAGAGGGAAACAAAUAUUUUGCAUCUGGGGACUAUACAUCUGCUAUUGAAGCGUAUACCACCGCUAUAUCUCGUACGCAAGAAUCCCCACAAUUGUACGCAAAUCGUGCUUUGGCAUAUCUCCGUCUAGGAACCAAAGAGAACCUGCCCAAGGCGCUUGCGGAUGCGGUGAAAGCAACAGAGUUGGAUGAGCGAUGGGGUAAGGGAUGGGCACGGUUAGGCGACGUUAUGCUUGCAGUCGGGGAAGACGAGACCGACCCAGAGGACGUGAACCAUAUGCUGAACGCGGCCCAGAGGUCAUUCGAGAAGGCUGUGGGUCUACUCGAAGGAUCUGCCAGUCAGCGAACAGGUUAG